CAGCCGAUGUGGCGAAGCUCCUUUUCUUUCCCUGUAGCACUGUUGCACUUCACAAGAGCUUGCCAAACGGACCAGGUUCAUCCAAGGUUCUUCUUGCGUAUCUCAGUCAUGGCUGCCCUUGCUUUCGUUUUCCUCUCGCUGGUUGCGGCUGCCGCCUCCCAGGGCGCCGAAAAGGUCACUGUCGGGUUCUAUUCCGAAGCGCUGUGUCCGGGAUGUGACCAGCUGGCUGAGACAACCAUGAACAAAGCCGUGAAAGAGCUGAGCUCCAUCAUGACGCUCGACUUCGUACCCUGGGGCAAUGCAAAGCUGGUUAACAACCGCUUUGAGUGCCAGCACGGCCCUAUUGAGUGUGUGAUGAACACCAUUGAGGCGUGUGUUAUGCACUACAACAAGGAUAUCUCUGUGUGGUGGCCAUAUGUUGUGUGCACGGAGGCACAUGGUUACAAGCAGACUAUCAAGACGGCCGAGCAGUGCGCAAAGGAGAGCAACAUUGAGUGGCAGCAAGUGUAUGAAUGCCAUGGCAGUGACCUGGGACACACGCUUGAGCUGGCCGCUCACAACAAGACCAUGGCUCUAGAACCACCGCACACCUACACACCAUGGGUGACCGUCAACGGCAAGCACUUGGAGAACACCAAUGACUUGCUCACCACCAUCUGCACCCUGUACAAGGGAAGUGACAAGCCAGCAGCCUGUGAUAACGUGCACAAGAUGGAGAUGGACACUCGCCCCCUGGAGCUCUGCAAGCGCCACUAAACGCCUGUCUAACACUGCUCCUCUCUCUCUCUCAUACUUUUCUCUAAAGGUCUGAUCUCUAUUUAUAGAACUUUUUCUAAGAUACAGUAAUAAUGAUGAUGAUGUAAUUGUUUAGAACUGAUCUUACUCCAAGAAAAAUAUAUCAUUUUAGCAUCUCAGCUCGAAUAAAACUGUCUUCGUGUUCUGUUGGUUUAGGACGAUAUUAGGCGUUGUUUCAAUUGGAUUUGUCGAAUGUCGCCAUGGCUUCAACGCCAGUGGCAAUCGCUUUUCAACGGUCUCUUUCUGCUUAGGGUCUGUAGUACUUCCGUAAUAGUUUGCUUUAGAACUUGUUUUGUUGAAAACUUUUCCACCUGGAAAUCUAGUGUGCUGUUGUGCGAAUUUGAUGCUCUUGCCGUUUC